AUGUCUGGCUCUGCUCGCGUUGCGUUCGUCUCCGGGGCCGCACAGGGCAUCGGGCUCGUGAUCGCCCUGCGGCUCGCGGAUGACGGCCUCGAUGUGGCGGUCAAUGACAUAGCAUCGAAAAAGGGCCAGUUGGAGGAAGUCGUCUCCCAGAUCAAGUCGAAGGGGAGACGCGCGAUUGCCGUCCCGGGAGACGUGUCCGUGGAAGGGGAGGUCCGCGACAUAAUCGACAAGGUUGUGGCUGACCUCGGCGGAUUGGAUGUCGUACGUAUUUUGUGUUGUGCUUCGUCCGCUGCAUGCAGUCAACUUAAGCUCGUUGCGAACGCCGGCCUGCUGCUUGUAGCGCCCGUUCAAGACAUGGAUGCCGAGGAAUGGGACCGUGUCAUGGCCGUGAACAUCAGAGGCACGAUGCUCCAAUACAAGUAUGCGACCAAGCAGAUGAUCAAGCAGGGCCGGGGUGGGAGAAUAUUAGGUGCCUCGUCCGUUGCUGGCAAGAGAGGCUGGGGCGGCCUCUCCGCGUACUCGGCGAGCAAGUUCGCUGUCCGAGGUCUGACGCAAUGUCUCUCACUCGAACUGUCGAAGCACAACAUCACAGUCAACUGCUACGCUCCCGGCAUCGUUAUGACCCAGAUGGCGCAGGACCUGGGCGCUGGCCUCGCUAGGGUCGGCAUGCCCGCAGAGAUCCCUGUGGGCGAGCCCGAGAGCGUUGCGAGCAUCGUGUCCUAUCUCGCCAAGCCCGAGGCAUCGUUCGUCACCGGGCAAUCUAUCUCGCCAAACGGCGGAGCGGUCUUCGACUGAGCAAUGCAUGCGACGCCUCCGAGUCUGGAGAGGCGCUGUAUAUGAAUCAUACUAUCUGUAUUCCAUUGACAUAGGCUCAUGUGUAUGUAUGUGUAUACCCAAAACGAAGCUUCAUUCUCAAUAUAGCAUGUACACGUUCAUUGUC